AUGACGCCAAAAACGUCAUUUCUCUUCAGUGUAAACGGAAGUUAGCAAUGACCAAAAACAAUUUCUACGUUAGCUUUUUCUAUUGCUGUUAUUUAUACGUUUAUUAACACGAUGUAACUCUAAAUAUGACUAAUUAACUUAACAGCAUCACAUACGAAUUGGAGACGGGACUUGGUUGAUAGAUGUUAUCUAGGUAUAGUUAGCUAACAAUGGCUAACUGUAUGGUUUUUCACAAUCAAAUAGCCUCCAUUAUGGAGGUGCUAGCGAAUUCAGCAGUGGCAGAGAUCUGUAAACUCGUAGACGACGACUAUGCAGUGUUUCGUUUAGAAAUGACUCAAAGCCAGAAAGACAACAGGGGAUUGCGGAGGAAACUACAACUACUGGAAUUGAAGGUGGCACGGGAGCGCGCAGAGAGAACUUUGCGACAGCACGUCGUCGCCAGUCGUCCCAAUAGUGUCAAGAUCCUCGACCGAUACAGAGGAAUGGCAAGAGGUGAAGGACAUCUCACUGGAGGCCACAGGAGCUUUGUGAAGCCAGCGGGACACAACGUGUGGAGAGAUGACCAACCCAUAGCUAUAGAUGAGAGGAGUGGAACCUCAACCCAGCAUGUUAUCCUGAUAGAGUCUGCAAAUGCAGAUGCUGCAGGUCCUGGGGUCAAGCAGGAGAGGAAUGAAGGAGAGGAGGACCCACAGCACAGCAGAGACAUCCAGUCUGGAGCAGGGGCUGGAGUGGCCCACCCUGUAGUCACAGAGGACCUUGCCGCUUACGCUGCGCCCCAGGCCAGGACCGGACGCAGCAUCACGGAGGUCAGUGGAAUGCUGAACGACGUCCUCAAGUCCGAGACUUUAACUGUAACACAGAGGCUCUUACACACAGGAUCUGACCACAGAUCAGACCCAGAGAGACUGGGGUUGGGGCCACUGGCUCCCGGCUCAGAGUACUUACCAGUAUUUCACCAGAGCCAGAGGACGGUUAAUUCCCAUGGAGAUGGUGAUGCGUUCUACACUGGCAUUGAUGAUCUGUCUUGUUCUUACGCUACAGAGAUGGACCCUGGCCACAUAUCCUUGGGUUUAGAGACACAGACUGAUCUGUUUAGAGGGGACUGGAACCGGUACAGUAGUAGUGUAUACUCUGAAGGGUGCCUAGAUAAGAAAGGGGAGGUUAUAGUGGUAGAUGAGGUGACUGUGAAAGUGGAGGGCGAUACUCCUCCUACAUGGAAUGCAGAUAGUCAACUAGGAGAUGGACAGUCACAUGGCAGAGAUUUCUUAGAUUGCAGGGGAAGCUUAGAGACAAAUCUAAAUGUCGACACUCACUCCCCUUUACACGUGUUCAGGGAUCGUGACCCAGUGUCCACGUCAUUGGGACCUUUCGAUUCACAUGGCUCCAUCCUUUUCGAUCAGGUAUUGAACUCAAAAGACCAAAGUGCCAAGACGCAGGGAGGGGGAGCCACAUCGGGCAAAAAUAAAGACAAACCGUUCCUCUGCAUGUUCUGUAACAAAGGCUUCAGCUGCUCCCAGAAGGUGGAGAUCCAUCAGAGAAUCCACACAGGGGUGAAACCCUUCAGCUGUACCCAGUGUCACAUGCGCUUCGCCCAGGCUUGCAACCUGAAGAGGCACCAGAGGGUCCACACAGGGGAGAAACCCUACAGCUGCCCCCAGUGUGAGAAGAGGUUUUCCCGCCAGCACCAGCUGAAGAUGCACCUGAAGGCCCACACGGAAGAAAGGUCAUUCACCUGUACGCACUGCGGAAAGAGGUUCUCGGAGAGCUGCUACCUCAGGAUACACCAGCAGAAAAACCAUUCCACUCUGUAACGUAGAAAGUAACCAUUCCACUUGAUAGUUUGACAUUUUAGAUCAAACCCUGCAUUAAAGACAAAUGGGAAUUGUUUUCAACAGAAAAUACCCAUAGAUUAAUGAAACCCAUUAGGCUACAAUCCCUCUUAUUCUCUGGCUAUAUGCAAAAAUCUAUACAUCUCCGAAUGGGUCCAAUAAUUGAUAAUGCAGUUAAAGUGUGGAGACAGGCCAACAGACAUCUCAUGAUAUCAUUCCCUUUUCAGAGCCAGGGCUCAAAACACUUUGUUUUUCAUCAAUUGUCUUGUAGAAAUAUUUUCAUCCUCAGUGACAUCUUUGACAAUUCAGGUCUUCAUACUUUUCAAGACUUCAAAGAAUCAUAUAAUCUCCCAGGGACUUCUCCCCCCCCAUGCUCCGCUUGGCUUUCAAAGAAUACGGAGUAUCCUGGGAUUCCCUUAUUGCCACCCAUCCCCUAGUUUAGACUCUUUUGAAUACUCCCAAAUCUGUUGGCCUGGUCUCCACUUUCUACUCCAAACUUAAUUCGAACGACAAGUGUUUACCUGCGGUCACUUCCAUCUGGAACAGAGAACUAAUAGGUUUUGGAGAACAGUUGAACUGGAAGGUGAUAUGGAACAAUGUUUUCUCAUAAAACAUCUCACCAGUUGAUUAAUUUAAAAUGUAUUCACAAAUGUUUUUCUACACCAUAUCGCCGCUUCCAGAUGAAACUCUCUGGCGAUAAUCUUUGUAAACGCUUGCCCUCUUGGAUCAGUCGGGAUCUAUAUACAUAUGUUCUGGGAAUGCCCAGUGAAUCUGUGCUUGAAAUUCACUGUUCGACUGAGAGACCUUACAGAUAAUUGUAUGUGUGGGGUACAGAGAUGGGGUAGUCAUUCAAAAAUCAUGUGAAACACCGUUAUUGCACACAGAGUGAGUUCAUGCAACUUAUUAUGUGACUUGUUAAGCCCAUUUGUACUCCUGAAGUUAUUUAGGAUUGCCAUAACAAAAUACUUAUUGACCCAAGACAUUUCCGCGUUUCAUGUUUAAUUAAGUAGUAAAAAUGUCAAAUAACAUAAUUCCAUUUUGACAUUAUUGGGUAUUGUGUGUAGGCCAGUGAAACAAAAUCUAAAUUUAAUACAUUUUAAAUUCAGGCUGUAACAACAAAAUGUGUAAUAAGUCAAGGGGUGUGAAUACUUUCUGAAGGCUCUAAUAGUCGGAGGUUAUUCGAGGAUAAACGAUUUUUAACAAACCCACUUUUAUCAUUAAAUGAAGUUCUGUCUUGACUUUGGAAAUGGUAAUCGCUACAUGGUCUGAAAAUAGUUUGUUGAGAACGCUCUAAUGCAGUUAACAUUUCCAAUUCGGAUGUUUUUUUUCUUCAUUGUGAUUUAUUCAACCCAGAUGCAAAUGCAGCUGCAUCAAAGGUUUUCUUUAAAAAAUGAUGUCCAUCCCACAGAAUCGGUGGUCAGAAUCAGUGAAUUUGUAUUGAUCAUUAUUAAUUCAUUUGGUUCCAUUUCAAAUUGAUCACAGAAUGUAGGAUAACCAGAUGGAAUUCAGUUAUAUCUAACAAUAUACUGUUCAGGCAAUCAAAAAAACGUUAGAUCUUAUGAAUUUGUAGCAUAUGCAUUAAUAUUUUUUUU